AUGUCCUGGAGCAAAGCUUACAACAAUGCCCUUUGCAUGAGGUCUGGUUUGCAGACGAGCAGCCCACUCUUUCUUGACUUUGGACAGAGAUGGCCUGCACUGGAUGUGUAUAGCCGGCAGCUGCGUGCCUUUCGCCCGUCUUCGCAGCCCAGUCUGAGACCGACCCUAAGUGCAACAGCCGCUUGCAGAUCUCAGGUGCUGCAGAGCACCAGGCGUAUUCGCCAGUCGGACGCGAGCAGCGAGCAUUCGUCCAACAAGCCAACGCUGCGGCGGUUAUUGGCACUGCUGUGGCCGGACCGAGUUCUUCUUGGAGUUGCUUUGUGCUUUCUUAUUGGUGCGGCUGUCUCACAGGCAAUGCUCCCUCACUGCUUAUCUGACACUUUGAGAGUGAUCAUUGCUGGUCAAGCAUCUGGCACGCUCGGAGUGAGCACGUUCACCGGGCCUUUAUCAAACUUGUUGCUUGCAGCUUUAGCUGGAGCCUUCUUCUCUUCCCUCCGGGGUGCCUGCUUCAUCGUUAUUGGGGCCAGGGCUUCUGUACGCCUCCGGAAGCAGCUAUUCAAGUCACUACUCAAGCAAGACCUUGGCUUCUAUGAUACCACGAAGACUGGAGAGAUCACUUCGCGCCUGACGCAGGACUGCCAGCGAGUCGCCGACCAGGUCUCGUUUAACGUAAAUUUCUUUUCGCGGACUGUGGUGGAGCUGGUCGCCACGCUGUGCUUCAUGCUUUCAUACUCUGCUGAGCUGACCAUGAUUUCUUUCGCCACCGUGCCAGUAGUGGCAUUUCUGUCCAAAAAGGUCGGGCACUACAUGCAGAAGUUGUCCGAGGCAACUCAGCAACGGCUUGCUGAUGCUAAUGCUGUCGCCGAAGAAGCAUUGUCCUCCAUCGCCACUGUGCGAACUUUUGGAGGUGAAGCCUGGGAGGAGCAGCGAUUUCAAUCUAACUUGUUGAAAUUCUACGAACUGGAGAGUCGCAGGGCGAAAGUAUACGUGGGAUAUCUCUUCGUCAUUAUGAUAUUGCCGCAUUUAGGAAAUUGUCUCGUGUUGUUUCAAAUUGGACGCCUUUGUGUGCAUGGUCUAUCGGCGCCUACAUUGUUGGCUUUCGUCUUCUAUUUGCAGACGCUGAACGGCUGUUUCAAUUCGCUGGCAGACAUCUACACAAACAUCAUGCAAGCACUGGGAUCUGCUACGCGAGUGUUUGCGCUGGUGCAUCGCAAGCCAAAGAUCACGCAGGCGCCUGCAGAUUCUGGCUCCGGCUCUAGCGCUGUAAAGGUGAAGGGUCACUUGGAACUCCGGAAUGUGUACUUCAGCUACCCAGCACAUCCCGAAAGGCAGGUGUUGAAAGGUCUCUCGCUGCAGUGUGAGCCGGGAAGUGCAGUGGCACUGGUCGGAGCCAGUGGAGGUGGAAAGUCUACCUGCAUAUCCUUGUUUCAACGACUCUACGAGCCUCAGAGAGGAGCCGUUUUCUUGGACCAGCGAGACAUCAUGGACUAUGAUAGCAGCUCGUUCACGGAAGUUGUGUCUGCAGUUAAUCAGGAACCUGUCCUAUUCGGCAGCAGCAUUCGGGAAAAUAUCUUGUACGGUCUUCCAGAAGACCACCCUGCACGCAGCAAUGACCUGUCACCUGAUGUGGUGCAAGCAGCCUGCCUGGCUAAUGCUCACAGUUUUAUUCAACGAAUGGCAGAUGGUUACGACACCGAGGUGGGGGAACGAGGGGUACAACUAUCUGGAGGACAGAAGCAGCGCAUCGCAAUCGCUCGGGCUCUUGUGCGCAAGCCGCAGGUUCUACUGCUUGACGAGGCUACUAGCGCACUUGAUGCAGAAAGCGAGCUGCAGGUUCAGAUUGCCAUCAACAACUUGGUGGCACAGCAGGACAUGACGGUUGUGAUUGUCGCACACAGGCUAUCAACAGUGCAGAGGGCAGACAAGAUUUGUGUAGUGGAGGGAGGUGUGAUUGUGGAACAAGGACGACAUGCCGAUUUGCUUCAGAAGGCAGAUGGACACUACAAGCGGUUAGUCGACCAGCAGCUCAAACACUGCCACAUCCUCCAGAACGUGAACCUGAGGCCGACGAAGAAAGCCGGAACCUUGGGCCAGCGGGGCGGCGCCCGGCGGGGCGGCGCCAGUCCUCUGAGCGGCCUGCGGCCGCUCGAGAGGAGGCACCGAAGCGCCAGUCCUCUGUGGCAAGCGACCGAUCGCGGAGAGGUGUUGGCGGGAGAAGCCAAACCGAAGGUCGAGGAGAAUCCCGGCAAGCUCAUUUCGGCGGUUCAGUCGGUCAUCAAAGAACAGCGCGAGUCAGGCGGUGCUGCCGUGAUACAGUCAUGCCAGGCAAUCGCACUCAGCUUGACCUAUGCCGAGGCGGUCGGGGCAAUGCACGGGCAUCUCGGUUGUCACAGGCGCAAGAUCACAUUAACGGUCUCAGUCCGCAUAGUCGAGCGAAUGGUCCCAGCCGAGUGUGACGAUUCAGCCCGCGGGCUUUUUCAAGAGCCUUACAUGAGGCAGCUGAGGAUAGAGGACUGUCGAGCUGUCUUCCGAUCCAACAAGGCAGCGAUUCAUGCAUCGAAAUCGGAGAUCAAGGCAGUUUGCGCCCAACUGUCGCAAGCUCUGAAAGCAGAAGCCCUGGACAGCGUUGUCCUGGACCUGCUGAGACGGCUCUCGGUCUACAUGCGCGUCGAGGCACAGCUGGAAAGCUAUCGCACUCGGAACGCAGCCCUCGAGGGUGAGGUUGCAGGGCUGCGAGCAGAGGCGCAGGCGGUAAAGCAAGGGCUCGAUGCGGAGAUUGAGAGGCUUCGGCGAGAGCUUCAAAGCAAGGACGCACAACUUCAAAGAGAGUUGGAGGUCAAGAAGCGUCAAAUCACCUCGCUGGUGCUGCCAUGUGAGCAGAACAAAGCUCUGCAGACAAUAUUGAGUUCAUGCCGAGCCAUCCCUAGGGAGAGUGGCAGUGUGCAGCUGCCGACCGCAGUGGUUGCAUUUUCGCACCCUGCUCCAACAGCUCCACUGUCGGCCAACAGCCCUGCCAACAUGGCAACCCCACGGACUACACCUCCACAGGUCGCCGCACCACAAAUUUACACCGCAUCGCCCGGCUUGCAGCUCAGGCAGCUCAGAGGAGAGCCAACCGCAGUGAGUUUCGCGUCCAGCGCCAACACGGUCCAGCCUUUCGGAAGCUUGGCCUUUCAAAGGCUGACGCCUCGUCAGGUUUGGACACACGCUCACACGCCAAAUCACCCUGCGCACCCUUGA